GCUGCAAUUAAUGCCAAUCGGACUCACGGCGGCGCCCGGCUCCCUCUUCUCCUGCUUCUGGACGGCUCUUUCCCGCGCCGCUCCUCAGAUGCUGCCAAGCUGCGUGAGGAGGAGGAGAAGCAGCGCAGCGGCAGCCGGAGAAUGCUGACGCCCUCCUGCCGCCGGCUGGCCCGAGCGCGGGCGGCGCUGUGA